CAUAAUAUAGCGUAUAGUGUAUACCUCUACUAUUAUUCCUUUCCCUUCGCAUGUAUAAAUUGACAUCAUACGAAAGGUCAAAUACGUGGCAGCAUACAAUAGAUCAAGUGCUGCCUGUUACAUGGCCAUCCUUCUGUUUAGAUCAUUAUUUGUUUUCAUUUCAAACAAGUAGUAGGUACCUACUCGUUUUACAGAAUCUGAGCAGUCCUGUUAAAUACAAAUUUUAAUUGCAGUGUAUUUGAGGCAAGCGAAACGUCACGAUGACGUUGGCUACAAAAUACAAUAGCAUGACUUUACCACUAGCGCUCCUACAAUUGAUACUGUUUAUUACUUUCUCGUCAUCCGAAGCGGCGUCAACGGGUUCGCCAAGUUCAAAAACGCCUGCUCUAGUCCGGACGUCAGUUAUGCAUCCCGCGUUUGAAUCUGCCGGCAAAACUGCUGGACUCAAAAUUUGGAGAAUCGAGGACUUUGAACCUGUGCCUUAUCCAGUAAAGGAUUAUGGAAAAUUUUUCACAGGAGACUCGUACAUUGUUUUAAACUCAAUAAAAGGUAAAAACGGCCAGCUUUCCUCGGACAUUUUCUAUUGGUCGGGUACUACAUCAUCUCAAGAUGAAGUUGGUGCUGCAGCGAUUCUUUCUAUUCAAUUAGAUGACGCUCUUGGUGGAAGCCCAGUGCAACAUAAAGAAACUCAGGAUCACGAAAGUCAAGCUUUUCUAUCUUUGUUCACACCUUCUAUACGUUAUAUGCCUGGUGGCAUAGCUUCCGGUUUUCAUCAUGCAGAAAUUAAUGCUGGAGGUGAAAAAAAACUAUACCAAGUUAAAGGCAAAAAAAAUAUUCGAGUCAAGCAAAUUGAACCAAAAGUGACGUCCAUGAACCAAGGUGAUUGUUUCAUCUUGGACACAGGCAAAGAAAUUUUUGUGUACGUAGGACCUCAAGCUAAAGGAACAGAACGUUUGAAAGCUAUAAAUGUAGCUAAUCAAGUGAGAGAUCAAGAUCAUUCUGGAAGAGCCAAAGUAAACAUAGUUGAUGGAUCAAGUACCCCAGACGAAUUUGAAAAAUUCUUUAAAGAAUUAGGAUCUGGAUCAGCCAAACAAGUUCCUGCGGCUAUAGACGAUGAUCAAGAAUUUGAGAAAAAAGAAACAGCAGCACCUGUCUUGUACAAAAUAUCUGACUCGCAAGGUGGAAAAAUUGUAUCUGAAAAAAUCGACCAGAAGCCUCUUGUUCAGUCACAUUUGAAAACUGAUGAUUGCUUCAUUUUGGACACUGUUUCGUCCGGAAUAUACGUUUGGGUUGGCAAAAAAGGUACAACUCAAGAAAAGGUAGAAUCUCUAAAGCGCGCACAAGUUUUCAUUAAGGAAAACAACUAUCCGGCAUGGACAAGAGUAAUCAGAGUUAUUGAAGGCGGCGAACCAACAGCCUUUAAACAAUACUUUGAAAAUUGGAAAGAUAACGGCAGUCGUACUCGUUUGUAAUAAUUGAAAAAUUACCAAACUAAUUUGGUUUUACUGAAAACCUAAUAAAUUAAUACUUUGUUUAUUACGACAUUUAUUACAUAAAUAUAUUACACAUUUUAAAUCAAAUAUUUAAAUUAAAACAAUAAUACUUAAUCAUAUUAUAUAACUUAUAUUUUAGUAAGAAUAAAGUGUGUGUUGUAUUUUAUUGUGGAGUGUAAAAUUAGUUUUUAAUGUUUAUUUUUAUACUAAUUAUUUAUGAGGAAUUUAAUAGUAUUAAUAUAAAAAAUUAAUAAAGUGCAUCAUAAAUUAUUAACAUUAGGAACCUACUUAAAUACUUUAAUUAAUGUAUUACCUAUAAAAAAAAAAAUAGGUACCUACCAAAAGUUUCUGAAUAGGUAGGUACCUAAAGUUUAAUUUAAAAAAUGAUCUAUAUAUACUUUAAGUUUCAACCUUCAAAUAUACGAAAGUCAUCAAUUUUUUACUGAACGCACCAGAUUCUAAUUAAAUGAUAAUGAUAUGCAGUUAUUAGUUAAUGAACUGAAUAAUCAAACGAUUUUUGUAUGUUUAAAUAAUUCAAUAUAUUUUGUACCAUAUUGCUUUUAAUACAGUAGCUAAUUUUUAUAUUAAUGAUUCUAAAAUAAUUUUAAAAAUAGUACAAAAUGGAAAUUAUAGUGUAUGUUAGAUAUACACAUCUCCAAUUGAAUACAUAUUUCAUACAUUUAAUAUAUCUUUAUUUUGAAACCAUUGUAUUACUGUAUUAGAGUAGCAUCAGUAGUUUAUUGCAUUAAAGUGUUUCGCUUUUAGAGUCUCAGAGA